CACCCCUUGUGUUCUGCAUAGCUUUUGACAGUAAGACUAUCAGAUAUUUCACAUAUUAAACUUUCAUAACCAAGAGACAUGACAGAGAACUCAACAGCACUUGACUAUGGUGAUUACUAUGAACAUGCAGAUGAUAAUGUUGCACAGCCAUACAACAACGGCAACACGAAGGCCUUCAGUGAAGUUUUUCUUCCGACUUUCUACAGCAUAGUCUUCAUCAUUGGCUUCAUCGGGAACGGUCUGGUAGUGUGGGUCCUCAUCAGAUACCGUCGCAAAUCCAAUAUGACAGACGUGUGCCUCUUAAACCUCGCCAUCUCUGACCUGUUCUUUCUCGUGUCACUUCCCUUCUGGGCUCAUUCGGCAAUGGCUGACUGGAUCUUUGGUAAAUUCAUGUGUCAUACCGUAACGGGCCUUUACAUGCUGGGUCUUCACGGCAGUAUCUUCUUCAUGGUGCUUAUGACAGUGGAUCGCUAUGUCAUCAUCGUCCAUCCCCACAGUAUCUUUUCCAGGAACCGCUCUGCCAAUAUGGGUUUGGUUCUGGCUUCAGUCGUGUGGAUCCUCAGCCUGUUUGCAUCUCUCCCAAAUAUUAUAAUUGCCCAUGAGUCCAAAGAGAUGAAUAGUUCAACAUAUUGCUAUUCAAACUAUUCAAGUAAUGCCGUGAAGUAUUUUAUUUACUUUAAGAUGAAUGUCUUGAGCCUGUUUCUCCCUCUGAUUAUAAUGGGGUAUUGUUACGCACGGAUCAUCCCAACUCUGACAAGCAUUAAAUCCCAAAAACGACACAAAAUCAUCAGACUCAUUCUGGCUGUGGUGGCUGUUUAUUUCCUCUUUUGGACACCAUACAACAUUACCAUAUUCCUUCUCUUCAUGCAGACACAAGGCUACAUGCAGUCACACGAGUGGCAAAGUAGUUUGAGUCUGACCAUGCAAUGGGUGGAGACUAUCGCCUACAGUCACUGUUGCCUCAAUCCCAUCAUCUACGGCUUUGUUGGAGAAAAGUUCAGAAGAGAAGUCAUAAAGGUGAUAAAGGAGCAGUUUCCUCUGUGCUUCAGACAAUGCUCAUCUUUCUCACAACAGUUAUCUGAACGCAGAGCCUCGACCUUCUCAAGAUCAACUGAAUAUUCAAGUACGCACAUGUAGUGCACUGCUUAUUCAGUGUGAAAUUAUAGCGUUUACUCUUCCUGUGUUGAUACAAAAGAGUAUCAUUUUGAGCAACUUUUGUUUCUUCGAACUUAUGUUCCUCUUUUUAACUGAACGUUUUAAACUGUAAAUUUAUCUACAAAAUCUUCAUGUUUUGAAAUGUUUCCGUUUUCAAAUCAUGUGCUCUUUGAGUGUUUUGUCAGCAUUAUAAAUGUAAAGGCUACAGUAUGAAUGGCUCUUCAAGAUAUAAAGCAGAAUUUGUCCUAGUGCUGGCACUAUGUGCAAAACUGUGGUUCUUUGGUGUAUUUGUAUAUUUUGGGCUUGUAGCAAUUUAGCUUGUUUGGUUGGAUUGCUUAUAAAUCAAUUCACUGUAUAUUUAACUCACAUGUUACUGUACAUUUUUUGCCAGCUUACUAUUGUAAUGUUCAGUGGCACAGCAACGAGUAAGAU